GAGACUCGUCCCAGCCCUGAACGCAGCCGCAGCUUGUGUCGGUGAAACAAAUGGAGUCGUGCUACGGUUCGGUGCGUGCGUCUCACAGUAGGAGAAGCGUUGAAGAGACUCGGUGACAGGCCGAUGUGGAAACCAGAGAAGAACACACGGAUUUGUCUCCUGAACCAAAGUGCAACAAGAGUCGAGCACCAUGAGACUGAAUCCGCAACAAGCUCCACUAUAUGGAGAAUGUGUGUUGACUGUUCAGCUUGAUCACGAAGACGUGAAUAAUGCUACGGAAGAGGAAGAGGUGGAGUUUUAUCUUAUUUUCUCAGGAUCCACCCAAAGGCAUGUGAGCAGCACACUGCAUAUCAACCACUUCACACUGCAGGCUGUGUGUCCAGCCCAUAAUAUGUGCGAGCAGGUCCUGGUGACACUAUGUUUGGCUCGGCCUGAUGGACCGAUGGACACACAAUCACAGGAGACUUUCUACUUCGUUCAGGACUUGGCUCUUGACAUGGCCCAGUUCUUGCUCGACAGCACAGCUCCACAGGAAGCAUCGUUAUUGGAUGAUGAGCAGAUCCCUUUAAAAGAAUGUGAGAGGUUGGAUGCGAGCCUGGCCCUGGCCCUGAAACAUCUCAGCCUGCCCCACCACCAGAGUGCACCAAGAGCACCCUCACAUACGCCGACAGAUAUGGACGGACAGAUGGAUAACCAAAAACAGACUGUCACAGUGACAGACUCGUGUACACAACAUGACACAGAAAUGCACCAGGAAACGUGGAUGGACAUCUCCUCUUUGCAGGACAGCUGCCCUGUUGUGUCUCAGUGCCAGCGGCUCUCUAGCCUGAUGCACUUGGCAGCCAGUCACGGUCUGAAGACAGUGGCAUUGUUCCUCCUGCAGCAGCCAGGAGGGAAGGAAGCACUGAAGAGAACUAACACUCAGGGUCAAACUCCAGCAUGUCUGGCAAAGACGAGAGGACACCACUUACUGGUGGAGCUUUUCACACAGUAUGAGACAUUCUCAGAUGUCCAAGUGGAAGCAGAAGAAAAGCUACUGUUUUACCCAGGAGGUCGAGUGUUUCAGCACCAUGAAAAUCUCGGUACCUACACCCUAACAUUUUCUGACCUCCCUCAGAGAGAGGGAGAGUCAGAUGAAGACAGCAGUGGAGGCUGCUCUUUACAGGAGAAGGUGCAGGAGCUAAGGAGACUUAUUCAGCUUCACAGAGUCUCAAAGGACAAGUCAGAUUUUGCACCAACACAUGUCUCUAUCGAUGAAGAACGAGUCCGCCAUACCUGUGGGCUGCAGUCUUGCUGUAAUGGUCAACAAGAGAGCAGGCAAGAUGAAGGCUUGGCUGUGAUAAGCAUAGACAACUGUAGCACAAAAACAGAGGAAGCGGGAAGUCCCCGCUCAUUGGGGGCGAGAACACAGGGGGAGGACUCAGCUGUUGUCACUCACACUAGUGGACGUCUUUGUCACAGCCAGGAAGCUGGGAGAGAACAGAAGGGUACACCAGCUGCCAAUUGUCCUGCUGGCCAGAAGAAGAAAAACAAAAAGAGAACUAACAAAACCACGAGACGUGCAGCAGAAGCUCAAGAAAAUAACACAAGCACCCCAAAGGCCAGUAGAAGAACUGCACAGAAAUCCACCAAGACAAACGGAAGUGGAAGUGUUUCACCAAGGGAGCAAGCGGUGACACCUCUUAUUGGUGACAGUGGAAAAAAUCAGUGUAGCCCCGGAACACAAGAGACUCUCUUAGCCAUAAAGCCAGUGCUGGUACCAAGCGGUGAUGAAAAGUGUGCUGGCAGGAAGGCCGUUGCCUUGCCUACAACUACCAUCGUAGAAAAACAGGAAGUAGAGAAGUGGGAAGUUGAGCUGCUGAUGUGUGAGCGAGUUGUAGAGACAGAAACAGAAAUACAGACAGAGCAGGAAGACACGCAGAGUCUCCCAACAGAAGAAGCUCUGGAAUCAGCUGCAGAGAGGACUGGUACGUUGUACGUAACCAUGGGUCAGGAACAAUCCCAGGAUCCCCAGCAAAACCAGUCAGACACAGAGGAGCCAAGCCAACCUCACUUCAUCAACAAGAGCCCUCAGCAUGGCACUAGGACAAGCCCCAGGUCCCCAGACGUGGAAGGGACACGCAGAAGAGUUCUAUGGCGCGACGGAGGCUGGAUAGGAUCUUUGCCAGAACCAAAAGGAAAAACUGUUUGGUAUCAGGGUGAAAACGUAGAUCAGUGUGCAGAUGAAGACUUCAAUAGAAAAGAAGUGAACUCCCUGUCGAUUUGGUAUGACACUGACACAGUGGACGAGAGAAAAGAUGGACAACUGGAGAAGGGAAUGAGAGAGGAGGGAGAAUGCGAUUUGAGCUCACCCCAAGCUUCAGGUCUUAGUUCUUCCCAGUUAGAACAAGGUCUUAAUUUUCAUCAACUGUCUGCAGCUCUUUGCCAGCCACAUGCUGCUGGAAUACAGCCAGCACUGUCACAUGGGCUCCACGCACAAAGACAGGAAGCAAACGGAUCACAGCGAGAGGAAGAAGUUAGGUCAGAUUGGAAGGAGGAACGAGUGGUGGGAUGCAGAGAAGACUUCCAGAACCGAGAGACGACUGACGGCAGAAAGAGUUCUGAAACGGCAGACAUUACAGAGGGAGGAGAUGAAAAAGCAGAGAGUGAAGAGAGAGGAGCGAAGGGCAAAAAAAAGAGGAGGAAGAAGAGGGGCAAGAAAGGAGGUGCAGAAGUAAAACUUAGUUCAAGCUCCAGUGUAGAAUCUCAGAGUCAGAUAGAGACACAGAGAGAACAAGGGACAAACAUCAGUGCUCAGUUUGAGACGGAUUCAGUCUUCAAGGCAGACUUCCAGCCUGCUACUGCUUCUGAGGCAACCCAGGGGGAGGAAGCCGACGAGGAUGCCAUGCACCUACCCAGGCGGACGGAGGUGCUGACCAGGGACGCUCAUGGACCGGACAGUGACGUUACAGACACCGUUUGUAGUUUUACUUCUAAACUGCUCAGUCAUACAGAUGACAUGAAAAUUAAUUGGACGGAAACUCCAGCUUCACAGACAGUCGAAACAAAGGAAUUAUCAACGGAUAAGAACAUGAACUUUCACGGACCUGAUUGCUCUGAACCAGAUUCUGCUAUCGUUGUGUCAGAACUUACUGAAACAGACAUCAGUAAGGUAGACACAGAGAAAAUGGCAACUGUGCAACCAGUGGCGAUGGAAUUACUUGACCCUACAGAGCUGGAAUCAAAGGGGCACAAUGUGGAGUCUGCAACAUUGUCGGAAAACAAGGACCUCGCAGUUGCUACUAAAUCUACAGCUUCCGAGAACCAAAGAGGUUUGGUAGAAUCUUACUGCCCAAAGGAACAAGCUGUCACGGAUUCAGACCCAACAGAGCUCACGGUGGACUCCUGUCUUCUGGAAACACUGCACUCUGUGGAUACCAUGGAACUACCAGUAGGAUUUCUUGAAUCUGUGCAUCCUACAGAAUGUGCUGGUCUGCCAUUUGAAGACAGAGCGGAUGCUUCACCACUUCAAAUACAGGAAGGAAACACUGACACAACUGCAAGGGAAUAUUUAGAGCAUUGUUUGGCCUCUGAGAUGCUGAGAGAUCAGCAGCACAAUGAGGAAAAGAGAAAUGAGCUGUGGGUGGGUGAAGAGGAAGUGGGUAAGGCCAGAAGUGGGGAGAGGAAAAGUAAAGAAAAUGACAGUAGGAUGGUGCAUGGCAAAAAAUCAUGUUUGAAGGAGAGAAGGAAACAGGCGGAGGAUGAGGGAUUUUCUUCCUUAGACAGAGAAAAAGAGCUGAAAUGCGAUGAAGAGUUGGUUGCUGCAGCAGUAGCAGUUGUAACAGUAGCUAUAGCAUCAGCUGUGGCUAAGAUCGAACUGAGCCAACAUCUAGUAGACAGUCAGUCAGAGAGUCAGGAGGCAGCCAGUAGCUCACCAUUAAAACAGGACAGCAACAUAGCAAGUGUUGCAGUAAAGCAGCUGGCAGAUGAUUUUGUCAACACUGUUCAGUCCACACAGAUGUCUGCAAAGCUUAUAGACGGAGACAACUGUCCACUGCCAGCAGUGACUCCAGCUGAGACAGAAAACCAACCUGUAUUGCAUUUACACAGGGAACUUUGUCAUCAAAGCAGUUCUAAAGAACAAGCUGACGUUCAAAUAUCAGAGAAAUCAGAUUUUGUAGAGUUACUGUGUACAACAAAGGCAGAAAAGCUACCAACAGCACUGCUGAAUAGCAAAGAUCAUCCUCAGCAUGACUUGUUAGCACUUGGAGAUGCUCGUAGUUUACCACAAUGUGAUGAAGAGAAAAUUCAAACAGAGGCUAUACAGAACAAACCUUUUGCAUGUUCACUGCUUAAAGAAGGAAGCCCAUUGCAUGCUCAUACAGAACCGUCAGCAGAGGAAACAGAAAUGAUUGAGGUAGAAAGCCAUGCUCACAUCCAGACAGACAUAUUGCUGCACAAAGAAAGCCAGCCUCUCUGUCCUGUGAUAGAUACCGGACAAGAUCCAGUGGAUGCUGUUUCUGAGGAGAGCCUCAUACUAACGGUGUAUCCCAAAGAUCAAACUAUCUGUCCAAAAGAGGGAGCUGGACAGCAAUUGGAUGUACAUGAUAUGUAUGAUGGCUGCUUUGUACAACAGUAUGAGACAGAAGGACAGACACACUCAGCAUGUACAGCAGAGGACAGUAACACAUCAGACACACACUGUCACACCAAAGAGCUUGAGAGCCGCAGUUCAACACUUUCUGUUACACCUGGUGACUUAACAGAUGCGGUUGAUCCCGGUCCAGAGGAGCCGAUCCCCACUGUGAAUGUGGAAACAGGUGAAAUCCUGUCAUCAGCAAACACAAAGUCCGUCACUGUCACCACUGUUGAACUUGACAGUGUUUCAAAUCACGGAGAAGAUCCCGAGUCUGUCGCUGUGGAUGAUAAAGACGGUGUGUUGAAGGGGCUGGAUGAAGACUCGGACAUGUUGGAUACAGUGGAUGGAUGGAAGGAGAGAGAAAGGAGUAGGAUGAAAAGAGAAGUGGAACCCAAGGAAGAGAUGGUCACAGUGGAGGACACAUUCCAGACUGAAGCAGAACUGUUUCCAGCAGCAGAAGAAGCAGAGAGAGACUUGGAAAGCACAUGCACUCUGCAGAUCAAGAGAGAGAAUGAUGUUCUGUACCCUGUCCAGUCCAGCCUUGAGCACAGCCCAGUAACACCAUGUACAGACAUCCAUCCAGACAGAGGAGAGUGUGUCUCGGUGUGUUUGUUGCACAGAGACACAAUAGUCGAAGACAGUCUGGAAGUCAAUGCAGACUUGGAUGACAGAGUGUUUAAAAAGCCCAAAGAUCCUCUCUCCUUUGUUGGACACAUGGACAAACAGGUCCGUGUCUCCUGGCCCUCCACUGAUGAUGCAUUAAUGCAGGAAGCCUUCAGUCCCGGCAAAGGGACCCUGUCAUCAGGCACACCCGAGACUGCAGCCCCUCAGAACUCUAGACUGUCCUGGAAAUCAGAAACAGAGGACAGAGGAGGAGGGGAGACAGAAGGAAUGGGAAACAUAGAGGAGAAUAAAGACCAACUGUCAGGAAAUCCUGCGUCUUCGGCCGACUUGUGUGCCUCCGUCCGUUCCUUGUCUCCGUUUCGUCGUCACAGCUGGGAGCCGGGCAAGAUCAACACUGCUACACAUAUUGAUAUUGCACAGCACAGCUCAUUGAAGAGCCUGUCAGAGGAGGUGAAGAAAGCCAAGCCCCCCCUCCACAGGAGAAGUAUGAGCUGGUGUCCAUCCAACCUACGUUGUCCUAAUCAGGAGCAAAUAGACAACCGAAGCUCCAGUCUGGAAGGUCUGGAGGUGGGGAGGACAGCGGUUCAAACUCAAUGUCCCAGCUUCAGUGAUCCAGAGGAAAGGGCUGCAGGCACAAGUUUACACUUUGAUAACCAGGACAGAGGCUCUCUGGUCUCUCUCACCGAGGAAGAGCAGGAAGGAGAUGGCAGUAGCAUUGAUAGCCAGACAUUGCAUCAGGUACUGUCAGCGACAACCAGCUGUCCUGCCAUAAUUCAUCAUCAAACUGUCACCAAAUCCUUCUCCACGCUCACCAUCAGCCACCGGGACAUAGAUGGGGUGAGCUCACUGUCCGGCAACUCUGAGUCACUGGGAUACAGUAUUUCAGAAGAGCCAGGCCCUCUUCGGAGUGACAUUGAGGAAAGAGGACCGAAAAUCAGUCGAACAUUCAGCUACCUUCGCAGCAAGAUGAGCAAGAAAGGCAAGGUGAGAAAACGGGUUUCACAGACUUCACACUGCUCUGUGAGAGGACCACCUCACUAAAACCAAUCUGCAAAAUCAAUAACACAACUUGGCCUUCAUAAGAUGUUAUGUGGUCACAUUUUGCGAGGUUUGAGUGUCAAAUAUACACCAAUAUGCCACAAGAUUGAAACCACUAACAAAUGCAUGAAUAACAUUGAUUAUCUCAUUAUAGUAUUGCCUGUCAGUGGGUGGGAUAUACUAGGACACUCAGUUCUUGGAGUUGAUGUGUUGUAGGCAGGAAAAAUGGGCAUUGUGAGGAUCUGAGCGGCUUU